AGUCAGCAUGUGGAACAUCAGUCCAGAGGAGAGACUGAAACAUGAUAAACAGUUUAACUCUCUGACACCUGUCCUGGGAUACAUAUCGGGUGAACAGGCGAGUCAGUUCUUCCUCCAGUCUGGUCUUCCUCCUUCAGUCCUGGCUGAGAUCUGGUCCCUAGCUGAUAUGGGUAGUGAUGGGAGGAUGGACCAACUAGAGUUCUCGAUUGCCAUGAAGCUGAUUAAACUGAGGCUGCAGGGCCGGGGCCUUCCCCCCUCUCUACCAAUCAGCAUGAAGCAGCCACCCACUGCCACGCCCACCUCCAUUAUGAAGUCUUCAGCAUGCUUUGGUAUGGGCUCGAUGCCAAAUGUGUUCGUCGGCAUGCCCGUCCUGACCCCGAUGCCCGUUAUCCCCACCCUGACUUCUGUGCCCUCCCUGGUUCCCAUGACGAUGCCCCUGGCCAAUGGCAACUCCAGCCUCCUCAACCCAUCUCCAUUUAGCACCACUCCAGCACUCCCUCUGUCCUGCUUCUCCUCUCCAAUGGCAUUCUCUCCAUCCGCUGGGAUCUCCAAGGCUAACUCCCUAUUGGAUCUGUCCUCUAGCAGUUCUAACUCCUCCUCCACCACCUCCCUGGCCAGUAACUCUCCCAAGACGUGCUCCUGUGAUUGGUCCGUUCCCCAGUCCACCAGGCUGAAGUACAGACAACAGUUUAACAGUCUGGACAAGCUGAUGAGUGGAUACCUCUCUGGCCCUCAGGUGAGGAACGCCCUGACUGCCUCCAACCUGACCCAGACACAGCUAGCUACCAUCUGGACCCUGGCUGACGUGGAUAAGGACGGUCAGCUGAGAGCUGAGGAGUUUAUUCUGGCCAUGCACCUGGUAGACAUGGUUACGACAGGAUGUCCGCUACCCCUCACCCUGCCCUCUGACCUGGUACCCCCCUGUCUUAGAGAUAGCAGGCCAGUAGAGAUGUUGAAUGGAACUGGGCCCUACCUCUCCACUGGCCUGAUAGAUGGGACAGCAGAGCUUGAACCUGCACACAAGAACAAGAACAACGUAUCGUAUGAGGACCGUCUGAAGGAAAACUUUGCGCGAGGCAGCGCUGAGCUGGAGAAGCGACGUCUGGCUCUAGAAGAUGAACAGAGGAGGGAGGUGGAGAUGAGAGAGAGGAGGGCCAGUGAGGUGCAGGGGAUGAGAGAGGUGUGGGAGCAGGAGAACAAGAGACAACAAGAAGAGGAGAGACAGAGAGAGAGAAAGGAGGUGGGACCCGUGUUCAUUUUGUCAACAAAAAUAGACUCAAAUAUUUAA